UUCAAAUGCAAUCAUCUGUUAAAUUGUAAUUCAGUUAAGUAAAAUCUGUUGUUAGACGCAGUCAGUCAAGUCAGUAUUCGGUAAAUCCAGAGAAACAUGAAAAUUGCAAUUGCGUGUUUUUUAUCCACAUUUGUGGUGAUAUUUAAUGAUGUAAGUGCUCAGGGUGGAGCCCCAGGAGCUUAUGGGGGAGGAGGUGGCGGUGGAGGUCCCUAUGGCGGAGGAGGUGGUCCUGGUGGAGGAUAUGGUGGUAAUGGCGGAGGAGGUGGCCCUGGUGGUGGAUAUGGAGGUAAUAGCGGAGGCUAUGGUGGCCAAGGUGGUGCCGGGGGAAGCGGUGGUUUUGGCGGUCAACCUGGACAACCAGGCCAACCAGGAGGUUAUGGUGGUAACGGCGGUUAUGGGGGCAAUGGCGGUAGCGGUGGUUAUGGUGGACAAGGAGGUCAACCUGGAGGCAGUGGCGGCUAUGGAGGCAGUGGUGGUUAUGGUGGCCAGGCAGGCCAACCUGGUGGCUACGGCGGUAAUGGGGGCAAUGGUGGUUAUGGACGCUAAUACAAAUUCAAUAAUGCUGAGCAUGUCAUAAAGUAUAACCUUUAAAAGUAUCUAAUAAAGUUAUUAUUAAAUUUUUUUAUACAAAUAUAAUUCUUUAUACAUA